AUCUGUGUGGAAAGUGCUACUGUGGGCGGGAUGACCAAGAUGGCGUGUGUGCUGGAGCCUCCGCUCCGGAUGAGCGUGCUUUCUGAGGUCACAGCAAGUAGUCGCCAUUAUGUGGAUCGUCUUUUUGAUGCAGAUCCCCAGAAGGUUCUGCAGGGAGUUGUGGACAUGAAAAAUGCAGUAAUUGGCAACAACAAACAGAAGGCCAACCUGAUUGUUUUGGGGGCAGUGCCAAGGUUAUUAUAUUUGCUCCAGCAAGAGACAUCAAGUACUGAGCUGAAGACUGAAUGUGCUGUGGUUCUCGGCAGCCUGUCUAUGGGCACAGAAAACAAUGUCAAGUCCCUACUAGAUUGUCACAUUAUUCCAGCCCUGCUUCAAGGGUUGAUAUCCGCUGACCUUCGAUUUAUUGAAUCUUGCUUGAGAUGCCUCCGUACGAUAUUCACCUGUCCUGUUACCCCAGUGGAACUUUUGUACACAGAUUCUACAGUUAUCCCACACCUUAUGUUAUUGCUGAGCAGAUCUCUAUAUUCUCAGGAAUACAUCUGCCAGAUUUUUGCCCACUGUUGUAAGGCACCAGAUCAUCAAACUAUUUUAUUUAAUCAUGGGGUGGUCCAGAAUAUAGCUCCUUUGCUAACAUCUGUGUCCUACAAAGUACAGAUGCAGGCGCUAAGAUGCUUUUCAGUUUUAGCAUUUGACAAUCCCCAGGUAUCCAUGACAUUGGUUAAUGUUCUUGUUGAUGGAGAAUUGCUACCGCAAAUCUUUGUGAAGAUGCUACAGAGAGAUAAACCUGUUGAAAUGCAGCUGACAGCUGCCAAAUGCUUAACAUUUAUGUGUCGAGCAGGAUCUAUCCGAACUGAUGAUACCUGUAUUGUGUUAAAGACCCUCCCCUGUUUAGUACGUAUGUGCAGCAAAGAGCGACUGCUAGAAGAGAGGGUGGAAGGAGCAGAAACCUUGGCUUACCUCAUUGAGCCAGAUGUGGAGCUCCAGAGGAUUGCCAGCAUCACAGACCAUCUGAUUUCCAUGCUCUCAGACUACUUCAAAUACCCUAGUUCGGUCAGUGCAAUCGCCGACAUCAAAAGGCACCGAGGAACAGGGCAGCCUUACACUGGUCCAGAGGAAGCAGAACCCAGAGGUACUAGAGAUGAAUCACAGUGUACUGCAGCCUCUAUUACUCUUCCAAUGUCACAAAUGACACCGAAUGGCCAACAUGGCUCCCUACUGACUACUGAAGAAAAGCUUGACUAUGAUCUAAAACAUGCCCAUGAGUUGCGACAGGCUGCCUUCAAGCUCUAUGCAUCACUAGGAGCCAAUGAUGAAGACAUCAGGAAGAAGAUCAUUGAAGCUGAACAUAUGAUGGACAGGAUUGUCAGUGGCUUAUCGGAGGCUAGUAUUAAGGUGCGGUUAGCUGCAGUCAGAUGUUUACACAGUUUGUCUAGAUCUGUCCAGCAGCUCAGGACAAGUUUUCAAGAUCAUGCAGUGUGGAAACCCUUAAUGAAGGUGUUGCAGAAUGCCCCAGAUGACAUCCUUGUGGUAGCUUCUUCAACAUUAUGCAAUCUUCUUCUAGAGUUCUCACCCAGUAAAGAGCCAAUUCUAGAAUCCGGGGCAGUAGAACUUCUGUGUAGUCUGACUGUGAGUGAAAAUCCUGCUCUUAGAGUCAAUGGGAUCUGGGCUCUUAUGAAUAUGGCUUUUCAGGCUGAUCAGAAGAUAAAGUCUGACAUUUUGAGGGGUUUAAGCACCGAGCAGCUGUUCAGACUGCUGUCCGAUUCAGAUGUCAAUGUAUUGAUGAAAACUUUAGGUCUUCUCCGAAACCUACUUUCAACAAGACCACACAUAGACCAGAUAAUGAGCACCCAUGGGAAACAGAUCAUGCAGGCAGUGACCUUCAUCCUUGAAGGGGAGCAUAACAUUGAGGUCAAGGAGCAGACUUUAUGCAUUCUCGCCAACAUAGCAGAUGGAACAACAGCAAAAGACCUCAUCAUGACAAAUGAUGACAUUUUGCAGAAAAUCAAGUAUUAUGUGGGUCAUUCUAAUUUGAAGCUGCAGCUGGCUGCAAUGUUCUGUAUAGCAAACCUCACAUGGAAUGAAGAGGAAGGUUCACAAGAACGUCAGGAUAAGCUACGAGAAAUUGGAAUUGUGGACAUCCUUCACAAACUUAGUCAGUCAGCAGAUCCUAACCUCUGUGACAAGGCAAAAACAGCACUUCAGCAGUACUUUGCAUGAUCUUUUGAAGGUGCAACUCCUUACCCCUGAUUUCACCCCAAACCUCUCACAUCACCUGUGGACAAGAAAUGUUUCAUUAGAAGUGUGUGCACCUUGGACUUUGUAUGCUUCAUGCAACAUCUCGUACAAAAACAGGCUGCUACAGCGGGAAGGACUACUUUGCAGACCUUUUCAGAUCUUUUUCAGAGUUUUUAGUAUUAUGUUUCUCUUCAAACAUGAUAUUUUUUUUCGGAGCUAAUUUGUUUUUAUGCUAUUGCUGCAACCUAUUUGCGUGUAGCUAAAUACCUCAACCCCACAUUAUGUUUUAUAUUGCUUAUACAAACCUCUGACGACUCAGAGACCAGAACAAUCUUUCAUUUCUGUUUUUCCCAUGUGAAUUUCCCAGGGCACGCAAUCUGAAUGACUGAAAACCUUCAAAUUCUAUACAGUUUGUAAAAUUUUAUUUAAUAAAAAAAUCUAUGUAUAAAUAUAUAUAUAUAAAUAAAUAUACAUGCUCAAAAUAUGCAGGACAAUAAGUGCCCCUAAAGUUUAUGUUAAAUUUUGAGCAUACAGAUAUUUGUAAGUAAAAUUAUAUGCAUUUCCGAAGUGAGUCUUUGUAUAUAUUUUUGGUUUUCUACAGAUAUAAAUUGGUGACUGCCUAUUAAAGCAAAGCUGAAUUAAUUAAAACUUUUUUUUCUUGAA